AUACUGAAACGCGCAUCAUUGCUGCUGAUGUGGAAUUUCCCCCUUUUUUAUGCUGUUUAAAAGCUCAGUGCUGAAGCCCCUGAACGCAUGCAGCAGCGGACCCGAUGAUGGAGCGUCCAGCGCAGACGGAAGGACAAUAACAGGGGGCAAGAGUUGCAUGCAUUGUAAAUGGGAAACCUGGUGGGCAGCUGGCGCUUCAAGGAGCCGAGCACCGUGGAGGAAUGCGACUCGACGUGGGGAUCGGACUCGGAGAGCGAUGAGCCGACGGCUGAAGAUGACAGCGGCAUUUCCGACUCCGUCAGCCCGGCGGAGAGCGAUCGGACCGCGGGACAAAGCGGGGACGCUGGCCUGCAGCUGACUGAUUCCCCGGAGUCUGCUCCUAAGAUGAAGAGGAGUUUUUACGCCGCCAGGGAUCUCUACAAAUACCGUCACAGCUAUCCGAACUAUAGAAAGUCCAGGCAGCCAAACGAGUAUCGAAACCUGCGCUUUUACAUGAACAAAAUCCCACUGGUUCCCGAUGGUAUUUACAUCGAGGAAAUUCUUUCAAAGUGGAGAGGCGACUAUGACAAACUGGAGCACAAUCACACCUACAUUCAGUGGCUGUUCCCAUUAAGAGAACAAGGGCUCAACUUCUACGCACAUGAACUGACUCAGGACGAGAUAAAAGAAUUCCAAAGCACUCGGGAAGCAAAGCGGAGAUUCUUGGCGGCUUAUUCAAUGAUGUUGGAUUUUUAUGGCAUCAAACUGCUGGAUAAAAGUGGUAAUGUCGCUCGGGCCCCCAACUGGCAGGAACGCUUCCAGCACCUUAAUGAGUCUCAUCACAACUACCUGAGGAUCACUCGCAUCCUGAAGUCCCUGGGUGAGCUUGGCUACGAGGCUUUUAAGGCCCCGCUGGUUCGUCUCUUCCUCCAGGAGUCGCUGUGCAACGCCACCCUUCCGAACAUGCAGCACAGUGUGCUGGAGUACUUCGUCUACACCAUCCGCCUACCUGCCACACGGCGACGCCUGCUCCGUUUCGCUCGCAAGCACUACAAACCUGCCCACGCCUUCCUCUGGGGGCCGCCACCUAAGAAGGGAAUCACUGGCAGCGUCGGCGCCGGGAGCAGCGGGAUCAGAGCUCCUGCUCCCACACCAGAGCUAAACAGGAGGGUAGAGGAGAAUACUUCCUCAUCUGUGAGUAGCAGGAUCACAGUGUCUUCCCAUGAUGCCAUAAUGUGCCAGGACCUGGUUGGAGGAGGGAUAAAGGGCUUCCCAGACCUUGGUUCUUAUGAGGCCGGAUUGCAAAUGCCACUGAUGCCCGUUAGUGGGAGAAGAGAGAGGAGUGAGUACAGCUAGGCUCACUCCCUUUGGAAAGAGAUUGUCUCUGUUUUAUAUUUAUUAGAUACUCAGACCCAGGAUAUCAGCAAUGAAACACAUUUGAAAUAAUAAACAAAAAAUAGAAUCAGUUCAGGUUAAGGGCUUAGAAAUACAUUGCAAAACUGGUUACAUAGAAUUAUAAUCUCGUUUUUUAGACAUAUCGUAAUUUUCAAUGACCUUCCAAAACCAUUCAAACCAGUGGAGACAUGAAUUAAAUGACUUUUGUCAGAAGGUCUGAACUUUUAUAAAGAAGAAAACACUGGGUAGAUGUUUGCCUUACAUCAUGAUUCACCAUUAAGCUCUAGUAGGAAGGCAAUAUUGAUGACUAGUAUAGUUUGUUUUAUUUGUGCUUUCUUUAUCUAGGGAAAAGAUGAGUUACUGGUGAGCAAUACUUUAAAACCAGUUUUUUAGAUUGACCUAAAGGCCUCGUUAUUUUUGUUGAUAGCAGACACAACCGUGUAUCUACUCUGUGAUUUUUAAUGUUUCACCUGAAGAGCAAAAUACAAAACCUUUUAGUUGAUUUUAUAAAAAAAAAAAAAAAAAAAAAAAAAGGAAUUGUAAGGCUUUUGGUGACAUUCAGUCCUGGUAAAAAUGGAAACAUCCGGUGUGUAAACAUUGAUAAAUGGAAAAAUAUCCUAGACUCAACAAUGUUUAGAGGUAGUUUCCUUUAAGAGGUAAGGAUAAAUGAAUUCACGAGAGCUUGCUUCAUCCUUAAUUACUUCUUAUCAAUGGAAGAGGCAUGUAAAAACCCUUAAAAAAGAUUUUAUUACAGCAGUAUGAUAUCAAAUGUAAUGUGUAAAAGAUCUAAAUAGGUUAGAAAAUAAUAUUUUACUAAUAAGUCAAACUGCUUUUUACAAUCCGCUGAACUCCCUUUUUGCAAAUAGAAAAACAUCAAGUCAAAUCAGAUAAGAGGUUGCAUGGAUUUUCUAUGCCAUUAAGAAUGUUUGUAAAAUAACUAUUAUGGAAGGCUAUUUAUGUUUCUCUUUAAAAGAUCUGCAGCAUUGCAGAUCCUUAUCAAAUAUUUAUUCCUUUUCAGAUCAAACCAACCUACAGAUUAGUUUGCAGUUGUCUGAUUCCAAAUAGAAAAACUCCACAAAUUUACAUUUUUGAAUGUAGGACUGAAAAAGUUUAUUGUUUAGUUUCUUUUUUUUGGUAUGUAGUUACUAUGGCGACAGAAUAGGAGUCUUUGCUUCACUCUCUAACAAAGACCUUUGUGGUAUGUGCUGCUAAUAUAUGCGGGUUCUUGUCUUCGUUAUCAGAGUUCCCAUUGUUUUAAACUCAUUACUUAUUAUUUAUCUUUCUUAUUCUACCUUAAUUAAAUUAAAUGCUCUAAACCCCUUCCGAUUAUGGUCAUUAGGUAUUAAGCCUUUAAAAGUCAACUCUAGACAUUGAAAUCUCAUUCUAUAGACCAUUUAAAAUGAGGUUGUGUUUCUAAAAAACUAUAGAGGAAACUGUAAAUGCUUGUUUUUGUCAUCCACCCAUUGCUGAGAUCAAACCUUUUUUAUUAAGUCCUUUGGUGCCAACAACAGAAAACUUUUAUAAGCACAUUCUCCACGGGUUGUAAUGUCACCUAUAAGUCCUCUUUUCCUAAAAAAAAAAAA